AUGAUCACUAUUUUCAAGCUUCAUUAUAAGCAUGCCUUCUCUAAAAUUGUGGUAUUGGGAGGCUAUCUCGAUGUGCUCAUCAGGACUUUGUCUCCUGGGCCUGGUGUUUAUCUUGGCAAAGUACCACGGACAUCCAAUCUUCUCCUGGCACGGCGUCAACCUUUAGACCGUCAUUUCCAUCAUAUCCACAGCCGGAAAAGGUCUGUUGCUGCGCGCGGUCGACGAGGCAGUUGGCCAGUGGAAAUGGGUUCUCUUCCCGCGCAAACGCUGCAUUCUAGGGAGUCUACAGCUAUUGUGGUGGCUCAAGGGGCCCUUAUACAACUUCAUCGAGGCGUUGUCCACACAGAGGAUGCUUCUCUCAUGUUGAAACGAGCUGAGCGAUACUCGAAGGGCAAUCAGUUUCGCGGGCCUGGCCCAGUACCAAAGCCUUAUGCGACAGUCUUCGCCGACGCCGAUUAUGCAAUGUAG